CAGCAACGUCCAUCUUGCCAAAUCCCAACAGUCGCCUACUGACUAAUUUAAGUGUCAGUAGAAAACAUGAAUGGACACGCUCAUUUAAAUGGGGUCACAGGAAGCACCGCAACACAAUGUCACAGAAAUGAGGAAGAGCUGGAGAAAGAUGCUGUGAAUCGCCCUCAUGACAAGAUGGAGGAAGAGGAAGAGGAAGCAUGGAGCAAUGCCCGUAUAGUUCGAGUGUGCAUGAUGAUGACCCCCUUAGUGAUGCUGCUGUAUGAAGGCUGUCGACCUGCGGAGGCUCGCUGGGCCAGUAUGCCAUCCUGUGAUUGGACAACGCUGCUGGGUGACAUCACCAAGCUUUCCUCUGAUUGGCCCGCGCUGCCGUGUGACAUCACCAUGCCCUUCUGGGAUUGGACAAUGCUGCUUGUGGUCUGUGUGUAUACCGUGAUGCAAGGAGCCCUCUACUAUCUCCCCUUCGGUGAAGUAGAGCAUCGGGGAAAGGAUAAGGAUGGAAAUGCCUUAAAGUACAACUGUAAUGGUUUACAUGCGUUUGUGCUGAGCUCAGCUGUGUUGGUGGGCAUGUGGAGUGGUGGUGUGUUCAAGGCCCAAGAGGUGACAGCCAAUAUCUACUCUCUUAUGUGGGCCUCCUACCUCUGCUCCCUACUCAUGGCCUCUCUCCUAUACCUCCACUCAUCACCUCACUCUGGUAAGGUUUUACACCAACGAUCAAACCCACGCAAAGCUACUGGGCCGGAUGGUGGUGUCAGUAACAGGACUUUGAAAAUGUGUGCAGAGGAUCUGGCGCAGCCCUUUCAAAGACUUUUCCAGUGGUCCAUAGACACUGGCUCCUCGAUCCGAGCGUUUGCUCUUGGCCAGGACAUUAACCACCGAGUAUUUGGCAUCAACAUGAAACACUUCUUCAUGGUCAGGAUCGGAUUCAUGGGAUGGGGUAUGGUCGUAAUAUGUUACCUGUUGGCGGAGCUGGAGAAAGAUGGCGUCGUUUCUCUUCCAAUGCUCCUGGUGGUGACCUUUCAACUCCUAUACAUCCUGGAUUUCCUUGUAGAUGAGGCGUCAGUGUUGCCUACCAAGGAGUUUACGCAGGACGGGAUUGGCUUCCUGAUGAUCCAGGGGGAGUACAUCUACAUUCCAUUCUACUCUAGCUCCGCCCCUUACUUCCUGCUCCAGAGGCCCGGGGCCAUCAGCCUGCCCGCUGCUCUCCUCAUCUGUCUCCUCUAUGGUCUUGGUUUCAUCAUGUAUUAUAUUUCCAAUGACCAAAAGGACCGUUUUCGCAAAGACCCGAGUGACCCAACUAUUGCAGGUCUGAAGACCAUUGCCAGUCCCAGUGGGCAGGACCUGCUGGUGUCAAGCUGGUUUGGAUGGGUGCGGCACCCGAACUACUUAGGGGACAUCAUGAUGACCUGGGCUUGGACACUCCCCUGUGGGUUCUCCAGCGUUCUGCCGUACGUUCCGGCUCUGCUGUGCACCAACCUGCUGCGGGAGAGGGCCCUGGAGAUGGAGGAGGGCUGCGAGGAGAAGCACGGGGAGGCCUGGAGGGAGUACUGCCGCAAGGUGCCCUACCAGCUGAUACCCCAUGUCUACUGAGGGGGCCUAACCUGUAUUAGUGUUACUAUUAUUAUUAUUAUUAAAAUUAUUAUUGUAUUAUUGCCCUAUCAGCUGAUACCUCAU